AUGAGCUUCAUCCAGCGCAUCGCGAAGCGGCUGCCCAGCGCACCUAGUCUCCCCAUCGACGAUGCGUCCCACGAAAAGGGUCGUGGGUCGCAGCGAUUCGCCUUUUUCCGCCGGCGCAUUCGCUUGAAGGGCAACUCCUCCGUUUCUAUACCCCUGGGAUUUGUGUUACUAUUUCCAUGCCUUGUAAUUGUCUUCAUCCUUCUUCUAUUCGUCCGACACCCUGCAUCUCCCGGGGGCAUUCUCAUCCCCGCGGGCACUCCACCUUCCAUUCGAAAAAUUAGUGAGAAGCAUGAUAAGGUCUUCGCUACAGGCUGUAUGCCCAUCAGCCCCGAUGUAGCGAAGGAGCCUCGUGCCAACGCCGCCUUCGUCGUCCUCGCGAGAAACAAGGAACUGGAGGGCGUCAUCCAGUCGCUCAAGUCCAUCGAGCGCCACUUCAACCGCUGGUUCCACUACCCCUACGUGUUUUUGAAUGAUGGCGACUUUGACGAGGUGUUCCAAGCGACAGUCAAGAACUACACUAGCGCCCCCGUCGAAUUCGGCAAGAUCGAUAAUUCCAUGUGGGGUUUCCCCGAUUGGGUAGACCCUGAGGUCGCCAAGGAGGGCGUGCGGAAACAGGGCGACGCCGCUAUCAUGUAUGGUGGUAUGGAGAGCUAUCACCACAUGUGCCGCUUUUAUUCUGGGCAUUUCUACAAGCACCCUCUCCUGAUGAAGUACGAAUGGUAUUGGCGCCUGGAGCCCGAGAUCAAGUACUUCUGUGACAUCACCUAUGAUCCCUUCAUGAAGAUGAUUGAAGCCAACAAGACAUACGGUUUCACAAUCGCUGUCAAAGAACUGCGCGAAACGGUUCCCAACAUUUUCCGCUAUGCAUCAGCCUAUAAGCGCAAGAACAACCUCAAGUCCAAGGGCUUGUGGGAGAUGUUCCUAGAACGACCGGCCGAGGAAGAGGUUCCCCCCGAGGAGAAGAAGGAGAAGCUUCCCGAGGAGAUUCUGCAAUCCGAGCCCGGUGUCAACAAUCUCGACGACAUUGACCCUGAGGCCAUGGAGGGCGAGAGCUACAACAUGUGCCACUUUUGGAGUAACUUUGAGAUUGCUCGUCUGGAUUGGUUCCGCAGCAAAGAGUAUGAGGACUUCUUCCAGAUGAUGGAUCGCAGUGGUGGAUUCUGGAUGGAAAGAUGGGGUGACGCUCCUAUUCACUCCCUCGCGGCUGGUGCCCUCCUCUCUCCCAGUGAUAUCCACUACUUCCGUGAUUUCGGUUACCGGCACACCACCAUCCAGCAUUGCCCAGCCAACGCUCCGGCUCGCCAGCUCCCUCGCGAACCUUACCUCGAAAAGACCACCGAGGACGAGAAGAAGCGCAUCGAAGAAGAUGAGUACUGGGCCACCCCUGACCCAGUCAAGGAGAACGGUGUAGGCUGCCGUUGCCGUUGCGAUACCGACAUUGUGGACGUCGAAGGCAAGCAAGGCAGCUGUCUUGCGGAAUGGGUUGAGGUGGCUGGUGGCUGGGCCUCGCCGUAA